AUGCCCGCCACCACGCGCACGGGCACGUCGCGAGGCUCCCAGGGCACGGCUGACAAAAUACACAAAACUCCACACAACGAAAGCAACCAAAGGCAAGCCACGUGCAACCAAAAAGGCAAGCCACGGGCAACCAAGGCAAGCAACUGCAAAAAAAGGCAAGCCACGUGCAACCAAAAAGGCAGUCACGUGCAACCAAAGCAAGCCACGUGCAACCAAAGGCAAGCACGCACCAAAUGCAACCAAAGGCAAGCCACGUGCAAAACAAAGCAAGUCACGUGCAACCAAGGCAAGCCUCGUGGCAACAAUAGGCAGCCACGCAACCAAAAAAGGCAAGCCACGUGCAACCAAAGCAAGGCAAGCCACGUGCAACCCAAAGGCAAGCCACGUGCACCAAAAAGCAAGCCACGUGCAACCAAAGGCAAGCCACGUGCAACCAAAGGCAAGCCACGUGCAACCAAAGGCAAGCCACGUGCAACCAAAACCAGCAACAAAGGCAAGCCACGUGCAACCAAAGGCAAGCCACGUGCAACCCAACAACGAGCAACAAGCAAGCCACGUGCAACAAAAGGCAAGCCCACGUGCAACCAAAGGCAAGCCACGUGCAACCAAGCCACGUGCAACCAAAGGCAAGCCACGUGCAACCAAAAACGUGCAAGCCACGUGCAACAAAAGCAAGCCACGUGCAACAACAAGCCACGGCAAGCCAAAGGCAACCAAGGCAAGCCACGUGCAACCAAAGGCAAGCCACGUGCAACCAAGGCAAGCACGUGCAAUGCAGGCAAGCCACGUGCAACCAAACGUGGCAAGGCAAGCCACGACAACAAAGGCAAGCCACGUGCAACCAAGGGCAACCAAAGACAAGCCACGUGCAACCAACAAGUGCAACCACAGCAAGCUGCACGGCAAGCCAACCAAAGUGCAACCAAGGCAAGCCACGUGCAACGGCAAGCCACGUGCAACCAAAUGCAAGCCACGUGCAACCAAAAAGCAACCACGCAACGGCAAGCCACGUGCAACCAAAAGGCAAGCACGUGCAGUACCCUGAGCGAAGAGACUCGAAACCGCCCACAGAACCGCGUGGUACAGCUGCGACGAAAGCCCACGGGGUUGCACGACGGCGUCUCUCUCGUGCCUGGCGUCGCCCCUGCUUCGGAAUCGCGGUUAAAGUCAGCUGUUUGA